AUGUAUGUUUCUAUCUAUCUUAGACUGUUUUAUUCUUUCUUGUUAUCUAUCUAUCUAUCUAUCUAUCUAUCUAUCUAUCUUAGUCUGCUUGUAUCUCAGUCUUUCUUUCUGUCUAAUUAUCUUUCACGGUCUGUUUCUAUCUCUUUUAGUAUCUAUCUAUCUAUCUAUCUAUCUAUCUUAGUCUGCUUGUAUCUCAGUCUUUCUUUCUGUCUAAUUAUCUUUUCACGGUCUGUUUCUAUCUCUUAUCUAUCUAUCUAUCUAUCUAUCUAUCUUAGUCUGCUUGUAUCUCAGUCUUUCUUUCUGUCUAAUUAUCUUUCACGGUCUGUUUCUAUCUCUUAUCUAUCUAUCUAUCUAUCUAUCUAUCUUAGUCUGCUUGUAUCUCAGUCUUUCUUUUUCUGUCUAAUUAUCUUUCACGGUCUGUUUCUAUCUCUUUUAGUAUCUAUCUAUCUAUCUAUCUAUCUAUCUAUCUAUCUAUCUAUCUUAGUCUGCUUGUAUCUCAGUCUUUCUUUCUGUCUAAUUAUCUUUCACGGUCUGUUUCUAUCUCUUUUAGUAUCUAUCUAUCUAUCUAUCUAUCUUAGUCUGCUUGUAUCUCAGUCUUUCUUUCUGUCUAAUUAUCUUUCACGGUCUGUUUCUAUCUCUUUUAGUAUCUAUCUAUCUAUCUAUCUAUCUAUCUAUCUAUCUAUCUAUCUAUCUAUCUAUCUUAGUCUGCUUGUAUCUCUGUCUUUCUUUCUGUCUAAUUAUCUUUCACGGUCUGUUUCUAUCUCUUAUCUAUCUAUCUAUCUAUCUAUCUAUCUAUCUAUCUAUCUAUCUAUCUUAUUUAGUAUCUAUCUAUCUAUCUAUCUAUCUAUCUAUCUAUCUAUCUAUCUAUCUUAG